AUGGCGGGACUCCGUGUGGUACGGGGACCGGACUGGGACCAAGGGGACAGUGAUGGCGGGGAGGGACAUUUAGGGACGGUUGUGGGCGUCAUUGAGAAGGAGGUUGUCGUAAAUGUGGUGUGGGACAUCGGGAACAUUACAACUUGCCGGAUCGGAAAAGACAAGAAAUAUGAUCUGAGAGUGUUCGAUAAUGCCUCCAUUGGAAUUGUCUUUAAAAACAAGAAGUGUUCCGAAUGUCAGUGGGAACUAUUCUAUGGGAUGUGCUGGGAGUGCAAAAUCUGCAAAGACACCAACCUCUGUUCCAUUUGCUACUUCAGAGGCAAACACGACAUGGAGCACGAAUUUGUCAGAUAUACUAUGCCAAAUGCAGAAGGAGUCGAUGUCCAAAAACGCUUUUCAAGUUUGGCAAUGAGGUCAUUUGGAAUGUAUCCUGGCGCCAAAGUCAUCAGGGGAAAAGACUGGGAGUACGACGACCAAGACGGUGGAAGCGGAACAGUAGGAACCGUACGGGACAUUCGUAGUUUCAAAAAGGACAUGUCUCACCGUAACGCUGUUGGAGUCAUGUGGCCAUCAGGAAAAGGGUUCGUGUAUCGCAUUGGAUACAAAGGGAAGGUGGAUCUUGUUUGCAAAGAAGUGGCGAGAGGGUUUGAAUAUUAUCGUGAACACCUUCCACUGUUAGAUUUCAAUUUGAUUAAGAAUCAGGUUAGUACUCAGUCAACUGCUGGUGUAAAAAUUGGAGACCAAGUCUGCAUUACCCUUUCCAUAAUAGAAUUAAAAGAAGCACAGAAAAAUUUCGGUUUUCAUGACGAGAUGGAAAGUGCCAUAGGGAAACGUGGAAUAAUUGAUGGUUUUGCAGACAACGGGGGCAUUGUCGUCAGAUUCCAGGACAACAAAUGGGUCUUCAACCCAAAGGCUCUAAGCAAAGUUUGGAGGGUGGCCACGGGGGAGACUGUCCGUGUAAAAAAUGACCAACGAAAAGUUGAAGCCCUUCAAAAAGGCCAUGGAGAAUGGAAUCCAAAAAUGUCCAAGGUUUUGGGCAAAGUGGGUAAGAUAGCAAGAAUCACUCCUAAGAAUGACGUAAUUGUAUCAUUCGGGAGGAAACACUGGGUAUUUAACGUGGCCUGCUUGACCCCGUGCCCUGGGGCUCAAGUUGACGAGAUAGAGGAGGACGAUGAUCUUAGUUUAUCUGUUGCAGCUGCUGGUUUAGCGAAUGGAUUGGGAUUGCUUUUAGAGCAACUGCGAAUAUUACAUGCUCAGAAAACAAGAUUGUCCCCAGAACAAUUUCUUAGAAUGGUCGCUGAUGGAGACGAUAAGAUGGUUUUACAAAUGGUUAAAGGGGAACCAAACCUGUGUAACAUGCAAAUAAAAGGAACGACUGCGUUGAUUGCUGCAUCAUUUGAAGGGCAUGAUGCCGUUGUUAAGGUUUUGAUUUCUAAUGGAGCGAAAGUGGACCAAACGGACCAAAACGGAAACACGGCAUUACUGGCUUCUGUUUCUGCGGACAAACAUACCACCGUCAUGAUUUUGCUUGAAGCAGGGUGUGAUGUCAAUGCUGCUAACAAAAAUGGGAGGACAGCCAUCCAUGUGGCGGCUAAGGCUGGUUUCGAAGAACCAGCUAAACUUCUCAUUGCCUAUAAAUGUAGCGUUAAUGUCCAGGACGUUGCUGGAGAUACACCCCUACAUGAUGCAAUUGAAAAUGGCCAGAACGCUCUCAUUUCCCUAAUCGCUGAUGUCAAGGGCAUCAAUUUUAGGCUUGUUAACAGAAAGGGCUAUAAUGCUCUCAUAUUUGCCGCUCUGAAAGGAAAUAAAACUGCAACGAAUAAAAUCACUGCGAAAUGUCCAGAAAUGACAAAUGAACCAGACUCAAACAAGAACAACACAGCGCUCCAUGUUGCUGCAGUAAAUAACAAGACAGAGAUAGCAACCAUUCUGCUCCUGCAAGGAGGAGCAGAUCCUAAUAAGUCAAAUAAGGAUGGGAGGACCCCCCUCCACAUGGCCUGCAUUGAAGCGUACUACAAUAUGGUUAAAAUUCUUCUAGAUCACGGUGUUAGUAUUUCCGUCUCUGAUAACGACGGUAACACGCCACUACACUGUGCUCUAGGAGGUGUGCGAGCUCAACCAAUGCUGUUGAUCUUGAUGGGACAUCAGGUUCAAACUAAGACAGAAAGAGUGAAGAUUGCUUGUAUGUUGAUAGAAUUUGGUGCCAAGAUCGAUCAAAGAAACAAAAAAGGCCAACAAGCCAUAGACCUUGCCACAGAAGCAGACGUCAAAGCUGCUGUGCAACAACACGCUGACGCUGUAUCAAAAAGAAGAAGAGAAACGGGAGGCCGUGAUCGGCCAAAUUCCGGAAGAAAGGAACAGCUGAUGUUUCAGCAGCAAAUGGUUGUACCCUGCUUCAUGUGUUUCCGACAGACCGGAAGUGUGACUAAUGACCCAUGUGGCCACAGAUGCUUAUGCCCAAACUGCUGUUUCCGGACAGAAGAAUGUCCGGUAUGCUUACAGAAAAUUGAUCGGCGACUUGAUCCUCAUGGAAAUGUUUUACAGCCCCUUAAUUUAGAUGACCUUUGCAAAGUCCAGUAGCCGCUAGUAAAAUCAAAAACCUUACAAAAAACUUUUUAAAAAUCUUUCAGUGUGAUGUACAAAGAUGUUUAAGUUUGCAUCCACUAAUACUAUAAUGUACUAGCGAACAAAUAAUUAGUCACCGUGGCAUUUAAAACAAAACAAACACGAAAACUAAAUGUAACCUACUGAUGUAAAUAUUUGUGUGUAAUCUUUAUGUUUCUGCGUUUGUUUGCAUGUUUUUAAUUUUAUUUUUAAAUAUAUUAUCUUUAGCUGUGUACAUGUGUGAUAAUCCUCCACCCUCACCACCACCUGGUGCAACUGAUGUACACGGUAACAUACUCGGAAAUUAAAAUAUGUGUGAAUCCGUAUACGCUAUUUGAAAUCACAACGACAUU